UCUUUAUAUUAAUUUAGUCUAUCGCGGGCUGACAUAAAAACCGGACGCGGUCUUCGAAAGUAAAUUAAAAGAAAAAAGUCCUUAAGAUAAUUAUUAAGCACCUACUAUGGAUAGCCUACCCAAGGAUCCGAUAUUAGUAUUUCCUCCUGACACCUUGCAAGUUGUUAGAAAAGAGUUCAACUUGGAUAAACCAGGUGCCAUAGACAGAGCAAUCGACAUUCUGGAGUUAUGGCUGAAGAAACAGGAUCAUUUCACCAAGAAGGAUUUUAGUCGUGGCUAUCUGGAAAGAAACAUCAUAAGGGCAAAGGGCUCUGUAGAAAGGAGUAAGGAGCGCCUAGACAAAAUAUGCACGGCGAGAGUAUUGAUGCCCGACCUUUACGUCUUUCGGGACGUCAGGGAGUUCGUUGAAUUAGACGAACAAACAACUGAUGCUCUCUUACCAAAACUCACAAAGGACUAUUACAGAGUGUUCAUUUUACAAAAUUACGCUCAAACUUUCACAAGAGAACUGUUUACCGAAUUUUACAUACGUGGGUUUUAUUAUUUGGAAUACAUAUCCGCUUUUGACUACGCAAACGGAGCCGUAAUCGUUUUCGAUUAUAGAAAUUUAAAUCUUUUCGAAUUUAUAAAAUAUCUGGACUUGGUUCAAACAGCACAGCUUCUGAACCUGGCAUUGAAUGGCUACGGUAUAAGAGUGAAAGAAAUCCAUUUAAUAUCAACAUCUAGAUUCGUGAAUCUCUUAGUAUCAACGUUCAAACAAAUGAUAUCUGAGAAACUUGCUAAUCGUAUACACGUUCACGCCGAGGCGGACGCUCUACUCAAGUACAUUGACAAGGAUAUCCUGCCUGUAGAAUAUGGAGGUACCGAGGUAUCCAUGAAAGAGAUCCACAAAAAAUGGGUAGAUGUAUUAAGCUCUGAAGACUUUAUGGGGCUCAUGAAGGAAACCUACAAAGCCAAAAUCAAUGAAGCCCUUAGACCAGUAAAGAAACUCAACGAUGAAUAUUUAGGAAUGGCUGGAACCUUCCGCGGUUUAAGCGUAGAUUGAAAUGAAUUAGGUUGAAAAGUUUCUUUUUUUAGUUUUAAAUAGAAUAGGUUGUAUUUCUUAAUUUAUUAAUCUGUGGCUGUAUGCUUUACUAUUUGGAAUGCGUUAUUUAAAUGUUUGUAAUAAGUGAAGUAUUCGAUGACCUCCUAUUUGAAAAAAAGGUAAUUGGUAGUAUCUUAAUCCAAAUGGAAAAAAGGUAUUCAUCUCUUUUUGUAAUGAGAUAGUCGGAGAAUUAGUCAAUAUUUUCUUGCCUAUAUAUGGAGUAAUAAGAUAUAAUCGAACAGCUUAUAAAAUAUAGAUAUCAAAUCAAGUAACGCCAUACAUUGAAAGAUUAAUAAGAUCUUCGGUUGUGCAUCAAUAUUUAUUAUAUUAUGUAGCGCACAAAUUAAAACAUCCCCUUAGAAAAUGCAUUAUACAUGUUUUCAGUCAAAAAAAUAGUAGUAACGGGUUUAUAAUGCUUUUGACUGAUUAUUUCAUAUUCAGAUAUUUGCGCUAGUUCGUUAGUUAGAACAUUUUAUACUUAAUUAUAAUUGAACGGUAUUAUUUAAAUAUGUUUGUACUUUUACAAUAAUAAUGGUUUUAUGCAACAUAUGGUAAUA